AUGAGCGCCUCACUUGGCAAAUUCACAUCCGCCUUAAUGGCUGCCUCGCAGGAGAACACUGUGGCACUAGCCGCUCUUAACUUCGACUUUUCGCUAUACAAAGUGGAGGCGCCCAAGGAGUAUCAAGCGCUCGGCUCCUGCCUCUCUGAUGAGCGACGGAUUCUGGCUGAGGGUGGCUCCCAGCAUCUCACAGCACGCAAACUCGGCGCUGUUUUCAGAACUAGGCUACCAGCAGUGCCUCAUCUUCUAAGGGCAUUUGCCGCCAGCAGUCCACUUAGAAACGUCUUUGCGCAGAAGGUGGGGAUCGACGGGACCUCGAUCUGGGCGGCAGCCACAUCGGGAACAGAGGCUCUUUGCGCCCAGCUCCUUGCCUGCAUGUUGGCUCGCUUCUGGGCUGCUGACGAAGCGACGUCCAUUUGGGCGGAGAUCCUGGAAGCACGCAAGAUCGAACUCUCAGAGAGAGGGGGGAACUUCGACAUUCCCGAACUGGCCGCAAUGCAAACAACCGUCUCUCGCGACCAGCUCGCUGAUUGGGAUGCCAGCGCUAGGGCGUGGCUCAGAACCGCUGAUGCAGUGAAUCUUAAACAGCAGUCGCAACUCCGGCUCAUCAUAGAGAACCUUAACGUUGAAGUGAACCAGAGGAGAAACACUUACGAGAGUGUCAUGGAAGUUUGGUUCGAGUCAAUGAAAGUGGUCGAUAAACUUGUGGCUGGCGUUCCCCAGAGUGUUCACAACGGUGCAGUGUUGGUGGGAUUAUCCGCAUAG